AUGACAGGUGGCCCGGGAUCUGGUAAAGGGAUUCAGUGUGAAAAAUUAGCGCAGAAAUACGGCUUCACCUACUUGUCUAUCGGUGAUUUGCUGCAUAGUGAUCUGGCCAUACGUUCGGAAAGAAGUAAACUCAUAAAGGAUCACAUGAAACACGGGGAUCCGGUGCCAACGGACAUCAUUCUGGACAUUCUGAAGGAUGCAAUUAGCUCAUCGCUUAUGACCACCAAGGGAUUCCUGCUGGACAGCUUCCCCUGCGAAAUCAGGCAAGCUGAAGAGUUUGAAUGCAAGGUGAGCCUCUGUGUUGUGUUUAUAGGGAGAUUCUCUGGGCACCAGCCAGGUGGAGGGAUCUGCAAUCAGGGCUGCUGA